AUGCCAGACCGUGGCGAGAUCCGCCAGCAGUGCAACCUAUGGUACCGUCAAAAGAAGCGCGAAGGAAGUUAUGAAAGUGACUUCUGGGACUGGGCCGCGAAACCCAGGGAGCCCUCUUCGCGAAGCCACGGGCAAACACCGACGAAGAAGGCGAAGGCUCGAGCGGCUAAGGCUUUUGAGACGGAUCCUGGUUGGACGUGUCCUCGGUGCGGUGUGCAGAACCUACGAGGUCGAGCUAAGUGCUUCAAGUGUAGCACACCUCGACCCGAGGCAGAAGCUCCUGAACCCUCUGCCGAAGGCGAAAAUGAGGUGCAAGUCCGCAAGCGCAAGAAAGCAAAGCGCAAGGAGGUACCCAAAGGGCGCUGGAACCGUGAAGUGAAGGUGCGACGUGGGGCUGUGAGAGCGUUUCGCCUCCGGCCCACGUCGUUCCACACUGAGUCCGGCGCCGACAACAACCACCCCUACGCGCACCCAGGAUUCCCCGAAGUUGUGGUAACGAUCGGUGGGAGCAGUCUGUUUUUCUACGGCGCGACGCAACUUUGGAGUCGGGUAGAAGAAGUUGUGGACGCGGCCACGGGGAACACGAUCUUGGUUAUCGAUGUUAUCGCUGUGACGGCGACAGAGAUGACUGAGUGGAUGGGCUUUUUUGGACAAAGGAUUCGCCCUGGCGUGGAUCCUUUGGGUGGUUCUGGGCCUGCUGUGCGAACCCUACGGGUGGGACUGGGCCACGAAAUUUUGGUUCCAGCUCACGGGGCCUGGAGGCGAACGUCGAUAGGUUGCCUAUCUGCGCUCAUUGCGGAUUUUCAGGGCACCUUAAAGGGAUGUGUCCUGCAAAGAGCCUGGCUGAAGUUGCGGGCCAGUGGGCACAAGACAUAG